AACACUGGUCACGACUCACAGUUUUAGCCGCAUUGCCUACAGUUUUACACACAGCAAUCAUUUCGUUUGUGUUUUAUUUUUUAGUGUAAUAAUUACAAAAAAAAAAACCAAUUAUCAUAGUGUUUCACGGGUUGUCGAUCAAGCCAAAUCAGCGCUGCACCAAACAAACGAAAUGGGGGAACAGCCGAUUUUCACUUGCCAGGCGCAUGUAUUUCAUAUUGAUCCGAAAACGAAACGCACAUGGAUCACAGCCAGCAUGAAGGCGGUCAACGUAAGCUUCUUCUAUGAUAGCUCACGGAAUUUGUAUCGCAUCAUCAGUGUGGAGGGGACCAAGGCGGUCAUCAAUUCAACGAUUACACCAAGUAUGACAUUUACACAAACUUCACAAAAGUUUGGACAAUGGAGCGAUGUGCGCGCCAAUACCGUUUAUGGACUGGGCUUCUCCUCGGAAGCGGAGCUGACAAAGUUUGUGGAAAAGUUUCAGGAGGUAAAGGAGGCCACCAAAAAUGCCAUGAAAUCUGCAAAUGGCUCGAAUGCGGUAACGCCCACAACAUCGGCGAAUACAUCACCAAUUUCAGGACGUGCUGUGGGCGCCAUGCAGAAUGAUAAUACCGCCAUAGAUCCCCACACUGUUGAACCGCCGAAUUUAAGUAAUACCAACACACAGAAUGCCAAUCCCGAUAGUCCCUCGCAUAAGCUGCUAAGCACUUGCGAUGUCAAGCAGGAUAUCGGCUCGGCCACGCCUUCGCCACAGCCAUCGAUGGGCAUGAGCGGUGGCACAGCAGCCGGUGGCGGUGCUGGCAUUACAAUCUCCUCCGGUGGCAGCAUUGUGGGCAUGCACACUGGUCCAGGUGCGGGCGCUACGGCAGAGCAACAGCUCAAAUACGAAAACGAACGUCUGAAAAUGGCCCUAGCGCAAAGCUGCGCUAAUGCCAAAAAGUGGGAAAUCGAGUUGGCCACUUUGAAGAACAAUAACAUACGCCUGACAAGCGCUUUGCAGGAGUCUACAGCCAAUGUAGACGAGUGGAAACGCCAGUUGCAUACCUACAAGGAGGAGAACAUACGUCUCAAGCGUGAAAUGGAACUGUUGCGUGUAGGUGCUGGAGGCGCCGCCGCUGCAGGAGGUGCUACUGAGGAUGAGCUGCGUCGUGAGGUGGCCGCACUCAAGGCGCGCACUGAGACGCUGCAAGCGGAGCUGCUGCAACAUGAAUUAGAGCUUAAAACGGCCAAUAUGAAUUUGCGUGACAAGUGCAAUGACCAAACACUGGCCAAAAUGAGUGAACUGAAUGUGCUGUUUGCCAAGAGUCUAUCAGAAUUGUACGCGGUGCAAAAGGAUAUGGAGAAUGUUAUACAUCCCGCCAAGUGCACUUGAGACACAGAGUUGGGUGUACACAGAAAGGUUUCAGCGCAGGAACAGACUACAAUGGCAACCACUACAACGACAUCAUCGACAACCACAACUAGCAAACGUUAUUUAAGCAAUAUUCUAACGGCUGAUGCCGAGAGCACGCUCUCCAAUGUCACCUCCAUCCAUACUCAGCUGCAGUCGUCGCUCUACGAGACACAGAACACAGCACAGCUGCAGGCACUGGAUAAACAUUCAGCGCUACUCCAGGAGCUUCAUCAGAGACAGUUGCAGGCUGUGCCGCGGUGCAGCACCCCUGCCGCUAAUGCAGCUUCCUCCAGUGGCGCUGCUGCUGCUGAUGCUGCUGCUGGCACCAAAACCGCCACCAUACUUGUUUCCAAAUCAAAAACUAAAACUGGGCUGCCCCUGUUGCUGAAGAAUUCCAUUAACAAUUAGGCAAAUUAAUGAGCAGACGACACAUUGCAUUUUUUAUAAUCUUUACAUUUGGUAGUUUGUAUACAAAACAAAACGCAAAAUACAAAACGAAACACAACGCAAAAACUCACGGACACCUUCACAUCCCCACAUCCCAAAUACACCUUCAUCUAUAUGUAUUUAUAUGUAUAUCUAUGUAAUUAACUUUUGGUAUUACCCUUGAGUCAAAACGCCCAGUAUUUAUUUGUCAUUUCAAAAUUGUCGUGUGGUACUUUUGUAGCAUUUAAGUGCAAUAUAUAUAAAACAACAAUUCAUUAAUAUUAUGUGCUCCAUAUUUUCUGCUAAUUGUUAAUUAAUUUUUAAUGAGAGCUUGACAAUGUAUACACCCUCACCACUACUACCCCCCCUGCGAACCCCUUUCCAUUAACACACCUUUUGUAUCCAAAAUGGCCUUAAAUCGGCAAUACCUUUUUUAAAAACUUAUAAUGACAAUUAUUUUAUAGAAAUGUGCUCGAAAAUUUUCUUGUAUUUUUAAUACAUCACCUUUUGGAUAUUUUAAUUAGCGUUUAUUAUUUAUUAUACUUACGAUUUGACAAGAAUAUUAUUUUUGAAUUUUAAUGAAAUAUGUCUAAGAUUUGGUGUAUUAUUGUCGUCUUAAAAUGUGUGUAUUUCCAAAGCUAAUUAGCAAGUAUUUGCUUUAUCUUAUCUUAUUUAUUGCAAUUAAAUAUUAACUAACAAUGACUUAGACGACGAAGCAUACUAAAUCACAUAAAGAAUAAUAAUUUUAUAAAUGCAAAUAAGAAAAUACGAAACUAGAAAAAGUAAUUUAAACGAAUACCAAGUCAAGUAUGUUCGUGCAUCACUGGAAAAUUAGUUUAAUAUAUUAACAAAUUAUAUAAAUAUGUAUCUAAUAAACAUCAAAGCAACUUGGAACAACAACAACAAAAAUAAACAACUACAUAAUAUCAAUAUGCGAUUUCCCCCCCUCAAAAAUACAACAAAACACAAGUUGCCAACCGCAAGCGAAACGGUAAUGGGAAAAAGUUGAAACGGUUAUUUUAAAGCCAUAUUGUUAUGCAAUUUGACCGUUCGUUUUUUGCAUAAAGCACCCAGUUA